GAUGAUCGCAGGCAACCUCGCGAGCGUGUCGUGUUUUUGCGCCCCAGCAGUAGGGAAAGGUUUUCUGUUGUGCCGGCAGAUGUAGUUGCACAUACUGCACCGGCGGAGUGUUGGUGUGUGUGUGUGUGUGUGUUGGGUGUGUGUAUGUGUGUGGAAGGAAACGGCAGACUGGGGACUUUAACUGUGCCGACGGAAGUAUGUGAUCAGUGUAUGUGUGUUUGCUGUGUGCGCGAAGAAAUUAGAAAAGUCUGAAGUACAUCCGGACAUUAGCCAUUGGUCUGGGGCUGGAGGGCCUGCCUGGAAGUGGCCAGCGACUGAUGCGAACCCAUGGCUGGUGUUCACGGGAUGUGAUUUUGAGUGAAUAUGGUAUAGUCUGGACAUGAUUAUUUAGAAGUUUUGCGGGGCCUCUUGGACAUAGUGUUUCCAGGUGGAAUGGUUGCAACUUUCUCUUGUUUUUUUUUUUUUGCACACACGAUUUAUCGAACCGAUUAGCCGAUGCCUAAACGCUGCUGAUAUCGUAGCGCACGGGUCGUGCCACCGGGGUUAGCCGGCCGUGUAUAAGUGCGCAUAGAUAAACGCCGUACACCCUUGAUUAGUGCCGGGUUGGCGACCACGCACGGUCGCGCGGUGAGCGUUGCAACGUGUAAAGGGAUUAGUUUCAUUACACUGUGCCAGAUAGAAGGCGAGCGACUGCAACCACAUCGGCGGCAGCCAUGUAUCGGAGAGUGAGCUACCAGGACAGUGACGAGCCGGACGAUCCGGCCGAGUACCAGUACCGGGACGACGAGUGCUACGAUGUGCUGUGCGAUCUGAGCGACUUUCGGGAUGCGAUAGAACCGACCGGGAGCAGCUGGGACAACCGUACAACGCAGCACCUCGCCGAGCAGGCGGACCGGUGGCGAUCCUACCCACGGUCGUACUUUGACUUUGGCGAAGGAGACGCCGACAGUACCGACGCCCCGGACGGAAUGGACGAGCGGGACAGCAUCUACCUGGACGCGGUGUCCGUCUACUCGGACGCGACCAACCGCAAAUCGCUGCACCUGUCCCGCCAGACCGUCUACCAUUCGGCGGAGGACGUGCGGUUCGGCUCGGUCGACUCGGGCAGCGGUUCCGGACCGACGACGGACCGGCGGCUCGGCGACGACGGUGCCGGGCUGCGGCAGACGACCGAGGCGCUGCUGCACGACUCGCGCUCGAACGGUGGGCUAGCGAACCUGCCGUACGUGCCGCGGCCGGGCGCGACCAACAACGGUGCGAAGGGCUUCAUCAGCGGCAUCCUGAAGCCGACCAUCCUCAGCACCGAGUACAACGAAAAGACAUGGAAGUACUUCCAGGACCAGCGGCGCAUCGUCGACUACGUGCUCGCGUUCAACGGCGAGGACGAGAAUGCGGAGGCGAAGCAGCGGCGCGCCAUCUACCAGCGGAAUCUCGAGAGCGAGGGCCUCCAGAUCGAGACGGAAAACUGUCAGCGCAUCCAUUUCGUCAAGAUCCACGUGCCGGAGAACGUGCUGUCGCACUACUGCGAGAUCAUGAAGAUGCAGAUGCCGAUGAAGAAGCUGGAAAACCAGGACAAGAUCAUCAUGCGCGACUUCAGCAUCCAGAGCACGCUGGUGCGGCUGUUCCGGCGGCCCCUCUUUAACUUUGUCAUCAUCGACAGGCAAAAGUUCGCGCCGCCCGAGUACCGGCUGAUGUACGAGUACUCGCGCGACAAGCCGUACCUGUUCGACGACCGGGAGCAGAACUUUUUCACGCCCAGCAUACGGAUCGCGGUCGCCCACUUCAUACUCGAGCGGACUUACUUCAGCGAGGCGGUCGAGGAGAAGAAGGACAUCGGCAUCCGUCGGCUGAUGGAGGACCAGGUAUACCUCGACGCGUACCCGUUGCACGACGGCUGCACAGAUCUGCGGUCGAGCUGCCAGCGCGCCCUGCUGCUGGAGGAGUGGGCCUCGAUCAGCAAGUGGAUCAAGCACCAGCCGCUCGACCACAUCAAGGAGUACUUUGGCGUGAAGAUUGCGAUGUACUUUGCGUGGCUCGGGUUCUACACGCACAUGCUGAUACCGGCGUCGGUGGUGGGGUUGAUAUGCUUCUUCUACGGGUUGCUGACGUACCCGGCGAAUCGCAUCAGUCAGGAGAUUUGCGACGACAACGGGACGAUCAUGUGCCCGCAGUGUGACAAGUACUGCGACUACUGGUACCUGCGGACGACCUGCAACAUCUCGAAGCUGGCGCACAUCUUCGACAACGAGAUGACGAUCGUGUUCUCGAUCUUUAUGUCUGUGUGGGCGACCCUAUACCUGGAGAUGUGGAAACGCUACUCGUCCCGCAUUCAGCAUCGCUGGGGCAUCACCGAGUACUGCUCGCUGGCGGAGCCGCCACGCCCACAGUACCUGUCCCGGCUGAAGAACAUCAAGAAGAUGAUGUUCAACAUUGCCACCGGUGCGCAGGAACCGUCGCCACCGUUCUGGACGAAAAAGUUCCCCAGCUUCCUCUACAGUUACUCUGUGAUCUUCCUAUUUAUUUUACUUACGAUAGCGGCCGUCUUCGGUAUCGUCGUGUACCGGAUGUCGCUGAUGACCUCGAAAAACAUCUACGGCGACGGUGGGUCGGUGUCGGGCAAGCUGAUCAUCUUUCCGGCGACGACCGCCGCCAUCAAUCUGCUCGCAUCGACCGCGCUCACGUACGCCUACCAGUACGUGGCGGAGUACAUGACGAACGUGGAGUACCGGCGCACCCAGACCGAGUACAACGAGAGCCUCAACCUGAAGAUCUACCUGUUUGAGUUCGUCAACUACUACAGCUCGAUCUUCUACAUCGCGUUCAUGAAGGGCAAGUUCCCGGGCUAUCCGGCCAAGUACAACCGGAUACUGAACCUGCGGCAGGAGGAGUGCAGCCCGGGCGGCUGCCUGAUGGAGCUGUGCAUACAGCUCGCGAUCAUCAUGGUGGGCAAGCAGGCGAUCGGUGCCAUCACGGAGAUACUGAUACCGUUUCUGGUGCAGAAGUUCAAGGAGUUCCGGAGCGUGCUGGGUAUCGAUGCGGGCAGUGCGGAGAACGGCGAGCGGCUGAUCUGCUGCAACCAGUGGACCAAAGACUUUAACCUCAUCAACUGGCACGAUCGCAGCCUGUUCAACGAGUAUCUCAAGAUGGUCAUACAGUACGGCUUCAUCACGAUCUUCGUAGUGGCAUUUCCGCUGGCGCCCUUCUUUGCACUGCUGAACAACGUGUUCGAAACGCGGCUGGACGCGAAAAAGUUCCUGCUCUACUACAAGCGUGCCGUGCCGCAGCGCGUCCGGGAUCUUGGCAUCUGGUACAACAUCAUGCACGUGGUCGGCAAGGUGGCCGUCAUAUCGAGUGCCUUUAUCAUCGCAUUUUCCUCCAACUUUAUACCCCGCCUAAUGUACAUGAACGUCGUCAACCCGAUCGGCACGGACGAGGGCUUCGUGAACCACACGCUCGCCUACUUCAACGUGUCGCACUUCGAGGCGAAUGCGGCGCCAGAAAACAGCACCUUCUCGAACAUUACCAUCUGCCGGUACUCGGAGUACCGGAACCCGCCGGACGAUCCGCGCCCGUACAAGCGGCCCUCGAUCUACUGGCAGAUACUGGCGAUCCGGCUCACGUUCGUCGUGAUCUACCAGAACCUCGUCAGCUUCGUGCAGAUUGUGGUGGCGUGGGCGAUACCGGACGUGCCGACCAAGCUGCAGGAUCAGAUCAAGCGCGAGCAGUACCUCACGAACGAGUACAUCAUCGAGCAGGAAAAGCUGAAGAUGGCCCUGUCCGGGACGGGUGGGUGCGGUGGUGUUGGCGGCAGUGUCGCCAGCUCCCGGUACGUGCAGAACGGGUGUGUCGCGUCAGAGGACAGCAGCCCGGACGACGAGAAGGCUAACUAUGGCUCGAUUGCGGACGACAACGAGUACCCGCUGCGGAUGCAGACGGAUGACUGCGAACCGUACGCCGCGUACGGCAUAGUGACGUCCCGGGUGUAGGGCAGGAGGAACUAGGAGCAGACGGUGGGCACACGGUCAUGAGCAAAGCCAAUUCGCGAUCAAAUUACGCACACGCGCCGGUGUGGCGCAGUUACCUAACGACACGGAGCUUGCUGGUUUAUUAUUGUUUGAUGUUUCUGUUUUUAUCCGUAACGCCUGACCUCCCUAACGACGCCUAACCUCAUCUCGAGCACGUAUUUAUCUGCGUGCAGUGCCUCUUUACCGCUUGUAAAAGUGGUAUGCCUGCCGCAGGCCGCCGGCAACUCUCUCGAUAGAAGUGAAACAAUUUUUUGAAGAACAA